AUGUCACUACCUCCCCGAGUCACAACCUCACUGCAGCAGCCUUGCUCGGGGAUAUCGAAUGCUUGCAACUUGCAUAGCAUGGAAAAGCCGAAGCAGAAACGCAAUCGUCGACCGAAAGCCUGUCAGCCCUGUAGAGAUCGCAAAGUUCGAUGCGACCAGGAGGAGCCUUGCGACACUUGUAUCAGACGUAGUCAUCCUGAUUUGUGCGUGUAUGCUACACGGAGGCUGCCUAGUGUGGCAGCUCAAGUCUCUUCCCUAGAGACACGAGAUACCCGUGGUUUCGAUCAGACAUUCGACGUCCGAUCCAACGACGCGCUGUCAUCAAUUCCAUUACCGAAUAAUCAGACCGGAGGAGAAGAAGACGACACCGAUGGUGGCGAUGAACUCAUCCAAAGCCUUGACAAAACCUCCUCUACCUUAAAACACAUGAUCAAAACCGAUCGCUGGACUGGCGAGACCGUGUUCCUAGGCCGAAACUGCUCGGCAACAUUCUUCACCAAACUCACCCACCCACAAACCAAGAUUCCAAUAUCCGACACCCUCAUGCCCUUCAAUGUAUCCUGGGGCGCUGCCUUCGGUCUCACCAACCGUACGACCCUGCAUCCCUUUGGGUCCCUCUGGACAGCGGCAGGCACAACCAAUCUCAAGGAGAUUCUCCAAGCUUUGCCAGCCACGGAAAUAUGUAUGACGUACUAUCGAACAUAUCAGAAAGUCGUGGCGCCUUUCUACCCUUUUGUAAUGGAUCUCGAAGCGUUUGAGGGUCGUUUGUGUGUUUUCUUGCCGAAACUGGCAGAGCUGGGAUUAGAAGCUGCGUUGGAGGCUGCCAUCACUGAUGGGACCUUUAGAGAUGCUGCAUGGUAUGGGAUGUUCUUUGGUAUUCUGGCUGCUGGUUGUCAAUUCUCCGACGCAGAUGUGAAAGAGAGGUUGCCGAGGACGAGAGUUUUUGUUGCUUGCGCUUUCGAGUGUCUAAGGUUGGCGAAUCUGUACGGCUGUCCUUCGACAGAAGUCAUCCAGGCUUUGCUCUUAAUCGCCAGCACGAUUGCGAAUGAUUGCAAUCCUGGUGUUGCUCUGAGUCUGGUGGGGCUCGUCACUCAGCAAGCCCGAUCUUUGGGUCUGCAUGUUCCUCAGACCUCCAUCUCGCAGGGUCAAGGCGAAGUCCAUCCUCUGUGGAAAGCGAUCAUGUCUCUCGAAUCCACGCUCUCCCUGGCCUUUGAUCGACCAUCAGUCUCGAAUCUUCCCAAUCCAUCAUCUCCAAUACCACGCACGCCCUCAACAUUCCACAACCUGAUGCACGACCUCCACGCCCAAAUCGUCUCCUUCCAAACCACAACAACAAACUCUCAACCCGACCCUACCACCCUUAAAACCAACAUUACGAGACUCGAAACCCUUACCAAACGAACAUCAACCCUACCAACAACAACAAUCCAAACACGUCUCGAAUCCCUCUUCCAAAAGAUCCACUCCUCAAACUUCCACUCCACACUCCUCCGCCACCUAACCUUGGACCCAACGACGCCAUCUACCGAAAGAAAAGCAUCACACACCUCAAUGGUAAAGCACCUCCGCACCGUCAUUCACUCAUUCCUCGAACUCCGCAAUCUCCUCUCACCACUUGCUCUCACCUCCUGGUCGCUACUACAUU